UUACGUGAGAGAUUUUUAUCAAGGUCUCUCCCCCUACACCGGCCAGGAGGGGGGGUUUUGGUAGAUUGUUCUACUUGUACCAUUAAUCUUGCAAUUUUAAAAUUAAAAACGAUAAACCAAAACAGAGAAAAAAAUAUCUGCAAGUCCCCUCCAAACACUACUCUCUUUUACUUUAAAAAAAACACUUCUCUCUGUCUUCUCCACUCACUCGGAGUAACCCGCAAGCUGUUCAGAAGACUGUCUUUUCCUUCCUAUUUUCCAAUUCAUGCUCUAUAAAUGUUUCAUCUCGCGUCUUCCCCAUUCUUAUCCUUAACCUAUCCGAAAAACCACCUUCACAGUCCUCGUAAUUCAACAAAAUCUUCAGUCAAAACAUUAUCCUUAACCUAUCCGAAAAACCACCUUCACAGUCCUCGUAAUCCAACAAAAUCUUCAGUCAAAACAUCCUUCUCCGUACGUUGUUCGGUGCCACACUCAAAUAAUGAACCUAUAGUGGAAUAUACUCCUUGGCUCAUCGUUGGUUUGGGUAACCCUGGAAACAAAUACCAUGGCACAAGACACAAUGUUGGAUUUGAAAUGAUUGAUAGUAUUUCUCGAAAUGAAGGGAUUCUGAUGAAUACAAUACAGUCAAAAGCCUUGAUUGGAUUAGGUUCCAUAGGAGAAGUGCCUGUUUUGUUGGCAAAGCCUCAAACUUAUAUGAAUUUUAGCGGCGAAUCGGUUGGACCGCUUGCUGCAUAUUAUCGAGUGCCCUUGCGCCAUAUUCUAUUGGUUUAUGAUGAAACUAGUCUUCCAAAUGGUGUUUUGAAGCUUUCACCUAAAGGUGGACAUGGGCAUCACAAUGGGUUGAUGAAUGUGAUAGGCCAUUUGGAUGGUUCCCGUGAUUUUCCUCGAUUUGCAAUCGGAAUUGGAAGUCCUCCUGGAACUAUGGACUUAAGAGCGUUUCUUCUACAAAAGUUCAGUUCGGUGGAAAGAAAGCAGGUUGACGAGUCAUUGGAGCAAGGAGUUCAAGCUGUUAGGACCUUAGUGUUGAAUGGGUUCAAGCAUCAAGUGAAUAGAUUCAACAUAGGGCAAAAAUACAAGUACAAUAAAGUUUAAUGUUUUUCAAAUGUACCUCUAGUUUUUGGUUAUAGAUGAAAUGGUUACCUCCUUGUGUGCUAGCAUUUUUGACAGAAAAGCCUUUACCUAA